CGGGGAGCAGCAGCUCCGCACGAAGUAGCCGGUUCUGUGCCGUGUCCCCUCCCCGAGUCAGUCGGCUGGGCCCCCGCGUCCAACGACGCCCUCGCUGGCUCCCCUCCGCGCUGGGGCUUCCAGGGUUCAGGUCCUCACCUGGGACCGCGUCUCUCCUUUGGGGACAGCCGCAUAUUCUUGGGCGCAGAGCAUCCUUGGGCUGCUUCUUCCUGGCUGGCGAAGAUCCCGGAGCUUCCCCUGAGCAGAAGCAGCAGCUCGUGCCCGAGUGCUUUGUGGGACUGGAGCCGGCAUAACUGGCCAAGUAAGUGGGCUCCUCCCUAACAGUCGAGCUGGACUCUGCUGAUACCCACGUUUCUUCAUUCCCGAGGUGACCUGGAAUUUUCUGCAAGUUCUGCUCCAAGGACAUGGUGCACUUCACAUCGUUCUCAGUCAAACUAAUUUUUCCGUCCUGAGGUUACCCGUGGAAACCCGUUUGAAGGUUAUGGACGAUAAGCCCGACCCUGGAACCCUGAGUGAGAAUUCGGAAGUUCUCUUCUCCUUUGGGGUGAUAGCAGAUAUCCAAUACGCUGAUUUAGAAGAUGGCUAUAACUUCCAAGGAAACAGACGAAGAUACUACAGACACAGUCUGUUUCACUUACGGGGUGCUAUCGAGCACUGGAAUGGGGAGGGCAGCCUGCCCCGCUGCGUGCUUCAGCUUGGAGAUAUCAUUGACGGGUAUAACGCACAGUACAAAGUGUCUGAAAAGUCGCUUGAACUUGUUAUGAACACGUUCCAGAUGCUUAAAGUCCCCGUUCAUCACACGUGGGGGAACCACGAGUUCUAUAACUUCAGCAGAAACUACCUAACAAAUUCUAAACUUAACACAAAGUUUCUAGAAGACCAGAUUGUGCACCAUCCCGAGACUGUGCCUUCGGAGGAUUACUAUGCUUAUCAUUUUGUCCCGUUCCCUCAAUUCCGGUUCAUUUUACUGGAUGCUUACGACUUGAGCGUCUUAGGCGUGGAUCAGUCCUCUCCAAAAUACCAGCAGUGUCUGAAGAUACUGAGGGAGCACAAUCCAAAUUCGGAGUUGAAUAGUCCGCAAGGACUUUCUGAGCCCCAGUUUGUCCAGUUUAAUGGAGGAUUCAGCCAAGAGCAGCUGAACUGGUUGAAUGAAGUUCUUACGUUCUCUGACACAAACCAGGAAAAGGUGGUGAUUGUGAGCCAUCUUCCCAUUUACCCAGAGGCCUCUGACAGUGUGUGCCUGGCCUGGAAUUACAGAGAUGCCCUGGCAGUCAUUUGGUCUCACAAGUGUGUGGUGUGUUUCUUCGCUGGUCACACUCACGAUGGUGGCUACUCUGAGGAUCCUUUUGGUGUGCACCACAUCAACCUAGAAGGGGUUAUUGAAACGGCUCCGGACAGCCAGGCUUUUGGCACCGUUUAUGUCUACCCUGACAAAAUGAUGUUGAAAGGGAGAGGCCGAGUUCCAGAUAGAAUUAUGAAUUAUAAGAAGGAAAACGCUUUCCAGCUUUAGUCCCAUUUAUCUUGUUUACCGUUCUAGAGAGUGGUGGUUGAGCGUUGUGUUUUUAUUUACCCCCCCCCAAAUCCUCAGGCUCAUUGUGUAGUAUUCUAUUUGCAUAACAAAAUGUAUUUAUGGCCUCAGUGUGGGUUAGCUCAUGAGAUACUCUGAAAUGUCAUUUUUGGAUAAUCUAUCCAGUGCUGAGGAUUGGAAACAAAAUGAAUGAAAAAUGAAAGCAGCCUGAAUCAGCCAGGGAGGAGACAGAACGGGGUGGUAUAGUUCUCAAAACUGACUUCAUUUAGCCUUAUCUGACAUUUUUUUACUUUUUACAAGGAGGAUGUAUUCAUGUAUUAACUAUGUAACUUAAAAUUCGUAAUAAAAAAAUAAAAUCAGCUCAGGUAAACUUU